UACAGGUGAUCCGAAAUAGCUUGCUAUACAGCGCUAGUGUUCGGAGGGUCUAAUCAUCGCAGUAUGCCAUUACCAUGGCAAGGAUCUCCGGCGGCAAGUAGAUGGAGUGGGAGGGUGUCUGAGAGGGCGUAAGUUCACUGAGGAUUGCUGACAUGGCGUGACUCCGGUCUCUCUCAGCAGCACGAUCAAGACCAGGGCUUCCUCUUCAUUUUCCCUGCCUGCGCGAUCUACAUCUCGCUCUAGCCAGGGACCAGUUCUGGUGAUCGUGCGUGCUAUGUAGGACCCUAGUAGCUACCCUUUGUAACCCGGGCGCUGAAUGUAGACCCACCGCUUGUCUACGUUUAUUGACUGGAGACUUAUGUAACCCUUGAGAGCACAGCUGAGGUUUAUCAGCAAAACAACUAAACUUCCAUUCCUGAUCACCUCUUCUGUGGUUCCAUGUUCUUGCUGCCAUGGCCACUUUUUGCGUCACACCACGAUGUGGUCUGUGCAGAUUUAAGCUUUACGACGGAGAGCUUAUCAUCACCGGUGAGCCUGAUUCAACUUCCUGCCAUUGCUUCUCUGACUUGCCAACAGUGACGAAGGCUGGCCAGAGUUCCGAGGCGAUGGUAUAUGAGCAAUUGAUGGUCGAUUCACAAACGUCACGGUAUCUGAAAUGUGUUGGAGACUGCUCACAACAGGCCGGAAGAACAACCGGCUGCCAUGUUGAAUGUGUCAAUCAGACGACUCCUUGGCCUCUCAUGGAGGCCAUUGAGGUGUUGACAUUUAGGUAUGAGCCAACGGAUCACAAGAAUGAUAAAAGGAAAGCCUGGCUGCACCAAAAGCUCUCUGCCUUCUUAGACAUCGUUCUACCUCGACUGCCCCGUGAGCUAAGGAUUAACAUCGCUGGCAUGUGUCUUCGGAGCUACGCAGUAGCACGCGCCAAAGCCCUCGGCGCUGUGCCCAGUGGAGAGUCCUCACUGCAAGUCUCAUCUAGGAUCUGGGAUCACUUUACGACUUUUGAAGGCAAGUUGUACUUGUCGUCGCUGAGCAAACGCAACGAUGAUUACCACGGCCAGCUCAUGUAUGUGCCCAAAUCCACGUCGGCCGUCACGACCAUUUAUCUUAGGGAGGAUCAUUUUGGUGUCAGGAUGAUGUCAUUUCGCGAUUUCACCCCGGACGUCGGCAAGUGCCGAGACAUUUGGUGGCGAACAUCGGACCUUGGGAGUUCGCCCACGCUUGUGGUUCAGAAUAAGGGCCCGAAACUAUGCUGUCUCGUUCCAAAAGGUGCAAAGCACCGGACAAAUGUGCUAUGGGCUAUUCCACCAUCUAAAGUACCUCGUUUAAUUCAACUUGAGAGGUCGCUUGAGGCAAUUAGAAUGUCUGCGGUAGUGUGCAACGACCCAAGCGUAAUUGCAUAUUCCGUCCACUGGGACGUGCGAAUCAUGUCGAUCCAUGCCCAUAUCCUGAAGGAGGGGCUUUCGAUGUAUCACAAUCGAGACAAGGGUAUUUGGCUCUUCUUCCCAUUGUACCGCAACGAGAAAAUAGCCGAAGUCUACAUUCGUGGUACAGAAAGGCUAGAUUUAGCAUUGAUUUUCAGAACAAGCCGAGGUCGAGUUCUGAUCUUUGGUCCGCAUCUGACCAUGGAGCUACGACUUGAUCUAAUCGACACACUGCCACACGACAGUCCAAAUCCAGAGAGGGCGUUGAGCCGAUCUAUCCCCCUUCCUCAGCCAACGUAUGAGAUCCCGAGAUCAACAUUACAAACACCUUAA